AUGACAAAUGUCCAGGAUAGUUCGUCUUCUCGUCGAAAGUUUUGUUUAAUUACAGUUAUACCAAAUAUUCCGUAUAAUGCUGUAUGGAAAUCUAGAGGUCAAACUGUUGCUGGUGGCCAUGGUCCAUGUCCUACAUUUAAUGCACUUCAUUAUCCUAAAGGUAUUUUUGUGAAUAAGAGCCAAACGGUUUUCGUUGCUGACAGUUCCAAUAAUCGAAUUAUGAAAUUUCGUAGAGGUGCAAUCGUCGGUAAAAGAAUAGCCGGUAAAAACAUAUCUGGAUAUGAUCCUGAUCGAAUGUGUGAACCAUCAAAUGUUAUUUACGAUACACAAUCAAAAACUUAUAUUAUUUGCGACAAUCAAAAUCAUCGAGUGUUACGAUGGCCUCGUAGAAGUAGCAUAUUUGCUGAGGAACUCAUUAUAAACAAAGAAUGUUUUGGACUGGCUAUAGACGAUGAAGGAUCUCUUUAUGUUUCUAAUACCGAAAGACAUGAAGUGAGACGAUAUCGUGCAGGUAAAUACUAUGGAACAGUAGUAGCAGGUGGUCAUGGGCAAGGUAGUCGUCUCAAGCAACUUAAUCAUCCGACAUAUAUUUUUGUCGGACCAGAUGAAGCUGUGUAUGUGUCAGACUCUUGGAAUGAUCGUGUAGUAAAAUGGGACAAAGGGGCGAAAGAAGGUGUUAUUGUAGCCGGUGGUCAUGGUAAAGGAAAAGAUAAAACACAGUUGCAUCAUCCUGCAGGACUGGUCGUCGAUCGAUGGAGCACAAUCUAUGUCGCCGAUCAUUAUAAUCAUCGAGUGAUGCGCUGGUACAAGAAUGCUUCACAUGGAAACAUCAUUGCAGGCAACAGAUACCUUCCAGGAAACUGUGCAGAUAAAUUAAAUGGUCCAGAAGGUUUAGCGUUCGACCGAUAUGGCAAUCUUUAUGUAGCCGAUUCAAAUAACCAUCGAGUUCAAAGAUUUAAUAUUCGAACUGUUUAA